CUAUCUAUCUAUCUAUAAAAUAUAUAAAAGGGUUUCUCAAAACCCCCUCAUCCACGUCAGCCUCCUUGGCUUCCCCGCAACUUUCGGGCUUCUUUAUUUUUAUUAGUUUUUCUUUUCCCUAAAGUCUAAACCGUUCCCUUCCAAUCGUCAUGUUUCUUUAUUUUUUUUGGAUCAUGCUAAAGCUUUUUGAAUGCUCUGCACUGUAACGGCAAAAACCGCAAUCCACAAUCAUUAUAAUAACCACUUAGGGUGCGCCUUCAUCGUUCAUGGCCCAUCAAAAUCGAGAUCCGUAAUUUCUUCUCCCUCUAAAAGUCAUCCUCGCGAUGAUAAUAAGAUCAUGGAUUUCCCUUAUGCAUCACUUCUCAUCAUUCCCGACCCUUUCACUUCUAAAAUCUCUUGAUCUGUAAUUUCUUAACAUUGAAUGACAUGUCCUAUUCCGAAACUUCCUCCAACCAUCUUCUGGUGUCGGCGGCGCCCCCAGAAACCCAGAUCUCGAAUUUGUAACUCGACUCAUACUCAAGCAAGAUUUUUAAUACUAGCCCAACCUCAAGAUCCGACGAGUUCAGCGUCGCAAAGUUCGACCAAGUCCCUACCUUUGGAGACGAGGCGAGAGAUUGGCCCGAUCCAAUAAGAAGUAAGAUAGAGAGCAAUUAAGAGGGAUUGGGCUAUCGAUGCUUUGUGUGGUGGGAUCGGGAUUAGCCAUUUCGGAGAAGGAUAGAAGGAACGGGAAGAUGGCAGUGGGAAGAGAUGGCAGCGGAUGGGAUGUUGUCGGUGGUGAUGGUGGGGAAGAGGUAGAAGAAGACACGCAAAAGAUUGGAGCUUUUUCCCUUUUCUGAUACAAAGAUUCCCCCCCCCCCCCUCCUUUUUGUUGGUAGAAAAAUAAUUGUUUUUUCUCCUAAAUUAUCGGAUACAAAAUGAUUUUCUUGAUUAAAAUGAGUUGUAUUUGAUUAAGUAUAAUUCUGGUAACUUUAAAUAAACCUAACAGAUAAUUUUAUUAUUUGUUUAAAUCAUCAAUGUUUUGCCGUCAUUUUGCAUUUUGAUAAGUUGAACUGUUAUUUUGCAUAAAUAAGAAAGAUUCAGAAUUUCUAUUAAAAUGAUAACAAUCGCAUCAAAUUGAAAAAUAAAAGACAAAUUUACCAAAAUCACCUGCCCAAAGGGCAGGGUACAAGCUAGUUGAAAUAAGUACAAUUUUAUCCGAUUCAAAUGUUUGUAUGCCCUACUUUUGAUACGAUUCUUUGGUUAAUUGGGUCCGAUUCCGCACCGAAUCGGGCCAUACCCAACCCUUACCUCAGCGCGCCUUAUCGAAACAGCAAAAUAUGACAGGCGGAGAGGCAGCCACAUUUCUCAUCAAUUUCCCUCUCCAUCCCAAACAAUCCUGCUUCAUCUCUUCUACUUCCACUCUUUCGCCGGUCUCACUUCCCCUGCCCGAGUGAAAUUCCCUCGGAAUUCUCGAACCAGAAGAAGAAAGCUCCGGUGAGUGCUUCCAUUGAUGCUCCCUAAUUAGAGUCGGGCCUGUGCAAUUUGUUUGUAUUCCUUUGAACACAUGGAGUUAUAAAUAAUCUGGUUUUUUAGUUUGUGGUACUGAGGGGGUUAAGGGGGGAGAAAAGGGUGUCGGAAAGUUUGUUCUUUUAUCUUCUUCCAUGGGGUCGAUGGUGGUGUUAGUUGGAAGCAUGCCGUCUUUAGCUUCUUUAGUUAGCCUGGGGAGCUUGGGCAUGGCGGCAGGGACCUCUACUGCUCCCGAAUCCUCGUCUUACUCCAUCGUCCGUAGGGUUUCCGUGUCGAAACGCGCCCUUAGGCGAGCCAGGACGUGGCAUUGUAUAUCAACAACUUCGUCAAUUUGUAGAUACUCUGUUACCACCACGGAUUUCAUUCCCGAGCAGGCUAAUGCAGUGCCGUCUCCUGAUCCGAACAGUACAUUGAGAGUCAAUAAUAAUAACGGCGAUGCUAGUGAAGGUGAUGGUACUGAUGUUGUACUCCAAGCUGCUCCAAAGCCUCUCUUGAGACCUUCCCUUGGGUUGAAGAGUCCGUCUCGAGAGGCUUCAUCGACUAAUAAUAAGGUGGAGAGUGAUGGGGAUGAUGAGAGGGAAAGGGUGAUCCAGUCUCUUGGUGAGGUUCUGGAGAAGGCGGAGAAGCUUGAAACUGGUAAGCCGAGUCAGCUCGGUAGUCGAAAUGGUAGUAGUGGGACUAGCAGUAGUGUAGAUAAGACAGUGGCGGCAUCCAAUCAGGUAAAUCCAGCUGCGGCUACUCGUAAAGCUAAGACCUUGAAGAGUGUAUGGAGGAAAGGCGACACAGUGGCGAAUGUGCAGAGGGUGGUGAAGGAGAUUCCCAAGACUGUGAAUAAGGUUGUUAAAGAAGAACCUCUAACUAGUAUUGACGGGGAUAAACUGGAAUCGCAACCCAAAGCCAUGCAACCACCUCUAAGACAGCAGCCUCAGUUGCAGGCCAGGCCAGCUGCGGCUCCUCCUCGACCUGUAGUUAAGAAGCCUGUCAUCUUGAAGGAUGUUGGGGCAUCUCCGAAAUCAUCGGUAGUUUCUGAUGAAGUCGACGUAGUUAGUUCUGGUAAGAGUAAAGAACGACAGCCAAUAUUGGUGGACAAAUUUGCACGUAAGAAGCCUGCUGUUGAUCCUAUGAUUUCUCAGGUUUUAGCCCCAACAAAGACAGGGGGGAAGGGACCUGCUAUGGGGAAGUUCAGAGAGAAGAGGAAAAAUGUUUCAGCUGGGAGCCCAAGGAGGCGGCUGUUGGCUGAUGACGAUGUACCCGAUGAUGAGGCAUCCGAGCUGAAUGUCUCGAUACCUGGUGCAAGGAAAGGGAGGAAAUGGAGUAAAGCUAGUAGGAGAGCAGCUAGACUACAGGCGGCCAAAGAUGCUGCUCCAGUGAAAGUAGAGAUUUUGGAGGUAGGGGAGAAAGGCAUGGAAGUGGAGGAACUAGCCUUCAAUUUGGCCAUCGGUGAAGGUGAUGUUCUCGGUUAUCUAUACUCGAAGGGAAUUAAACCUGAUGGGGUGCAAGUACUGGAUAAGGACAUGGUGAAGAUGAUAUGUCAAGAGUAUGAGGUGGAGGUUGUUGAUGCUGAUCCAGUUAAAUAUGAAGAGAUGGCUAGAAAGAAGGAAAUAUUUGAUGAAGAUGAUUUGGACAAACUGGAAGGAAGGCCUCCUGUACUAACAAUAAUGGGUCACGUCGAUCAUGGCAAAACAACUUUGCUGGACCACAUUCGUAAAACUAAGGUGGCUGCAUCAGAGGCUGGUGGGAUUACUCAAGGAAUCGGAGCAUAUGAAGUUCUUGUACCUGUGGAUGGCAAAAUGCAACCAUGUGUCUUCCUUGAUACUCCUGGGCAUGAGGCAUUUGGAGCAAUGAGAGCACGUGGUGCACGAGUGACGGAUAUUGCUGUAAUUGUGGUGGCAGCGGAUGAUGGUAUUCGUCCUCAGACAAAUGAGGCCAUAGCUCACGCCAAAGCUGCUGGUGUACCUAUUGUAAUUGCUAUAAAUAAGAUAGACAAAGAUGGAGCUAAUCCAGAAAGAGUGAUGCAAGAGCUGUCUUCAAUAGGUCUCAUGCCAGAGGAUUGGGGUGGUGACAUCCCAAUGGUUCAGAUCAGUGCCCUAAAGGGGAAGAACAUUGAUGAACUGUUGGAAACUGUUAUGCUUGUUGCGGAGCUACAAGAAUUGAAGGCGAACCCUCACAGGAACGCCAAGGGAACUGUUAUUGAGGCAGGUCUUCACAAAGCUAAAGGACCCAUGGCUACAUUUAUUGUACAGAAUGGAACCCUAAAAAAAGGGGAUGUUGUGGCUUGUGGGGAGGCCUUUGGAAAGGUGCGGGCUUUAUUUAACGAUAGUGGAAGUCAAGUUGACAAAGCUGGACCGUCAAUACCUGUACAGGUCAUUGGAUUGAAUAAUGUACCACAAGCAGGCGAUGAAUUUGAAGUUGUUGGCUCACUUGAUAUUGCCCGUGAAAAAGCAGAAGCACGUGCUGUCUCAUUGCGAGAUGAGCGCAUAUCAGCAAAGGCUGGGGAUGUGAAAGUGACACUUUCUUCCUUAGCCUCGGCUGUUUCUUCUGGAAAGCUAUCUGGUUUGGACUUGCAUCAGCUGAACAUUAUACUGAAAGUUGACCUUCAGGGGUCUAUUGAGGCUGUGAGGCAAGCAUUACAGAUACUCCCUCAAGACAAUGUCUCCUUGAAGUUCCUCUUGCAAGCAACAGGGGAUAUAAGCACCAGUGAUGUUGAUCUUGCUGCUGCUAGUGAAUCUAUCAUUUUUGGAUUUAAUGUGAAAGUACCAGGUUCCGUUAAGAAGUACGCUGAGAACAAAGGAGUAGAGGUGCGGCUCUAUAGAGUCAUCUAUGAACUUAUUGAUGAUGUUCGCAACGCAAUGGAAGGACUUUUGGAUUCUGUUGAGGAACAAGACAUGAUUGGGUCAGCAGAUGUCCGAGCUGUAUUCAGCAGUGGCAGUGGUCGUGUUGCUGGGUGCAUGGUGACUGAAGGGAAGGUGGAGAAAGGAUGUGGCAUUAAGGUGGUACGGAACAAGAAAACUGUCCAUGUCGGUGUUCUUGAUUCUUUAAGAAGGGUGAAAGAAAUCGUGAAGGAGGUAAGUGCUGGCCUAGAAUGCGGUAUUGGGUUAGAAGAUUUCGAUGAUUUCGAGGAAGGAGAUGUGCUGGAGGCUUUCAACAAGGUCGAGAAGCGACGAACCUUAGAAGAGGCGUCGGCUUCAAUGGCUGCAGCUGUGCAAGGAAUGAACUGACGUGACUAUAUAGAUCAUCUUCAUAAGUGCAGGAAAAAAAAAUAGCAUUUUGGAAAAUGGACGACAACCCAACUCGAGGGGGAUGCGUCACAAAUGGACUUAUAUUGGUUGACCAACAGCAGCAGACUGUAAGAGGAAUCCAUCAACUGGUUCGGGCAGGCAGGCUGCUGCAUUCGUGAGCAUUGCGAAAGUCUGCAGAUGCAAAACUCAUAACCCAGAAUGAGGAAGGUGGGUGGGGAUGGAUGCAAUGUAGGGGGCAGUGAUUUUUAGUUUGUGCAUUGCUUGUUAUGUAUGCCAUCCAGUUGGUGUAUAUAGUGAUGGUGGUGGGGUGAUGAUUAUUGUAUAUCUUCUUCUUCUUCACAUCUCAGCGGAUCUUUCUGCAAAAGAAAGAGAAGUAACUAAUUUAAAGGCUUAUCAAUCAAUCAUUCUCAGCCAAGUUCAUUUCUUUCAUGCAUCUUUCAGUUUUUCUUAAGCUAGCUCACUGUAAAAAAUGUACUCUCAGGUUAAUAUAAAAUCGUAGUUCAUAGUCGUAGAUGAUAAGAGCUGUUGUGACGAAGCUAAAAGCACCAUUGGGUAAGUAGGAGGUUAAGGUUGUACAAGCAUAUCAUGAGCUAAAUCAUGUUAUCAAGUUUUUAAUUAACUAAUUUUCGUUAACAAGGAAUACUCCGUCUCUAUCGAUAUUUUAUUAUUUAUAGUCGAUACAUAUAAAAGGAUUUAAUGUUGAUAUUCUUCGGGUAUCUUAGGGGUCGUUUGGAAGUUGCAAUUGUUAGUGUUGUAUUUGUUAAAUACAUGCAAUACAACGAUUUAACAUACGCAACUUCCAAACGACCCCUUAGUCUCGUAUGAUUAGUAAUAGUAAAAUAGGUUAAAACACCUCUUGAAGUAGCUUUACUGGAGGACAAAAGAUAACCAAACAAUUUUUAAUAGAAUAGACAUUACGAU